CCCCUGAGAUACCAUGGCAGAAAAGUCAUCGCCUUUCAAGGUCAUCAUUGCCGGCGGCAGUCUGGUCGGCUUGACAGCAGCGGUGGCGCUGGAAAAGGCCGGGAUCGACUAUGUGCUCUUGGAGAAGCGAGAGAUUGCUCCUCACCUGGGCGCGUCGGUGUCCAUCCACCCGCACACGCAGCGGGUGAUGGAGCAGCUUGGAGUCUGGCCCGAGAUCAAGGCGGCCGUCGUGCCGCUGGAGACGAGGCAGCACUAUGAUGAGAACGGCUUCUUGUUCGAGGACUCUUCCAUCUUGAAGGAGAUUUCCAAGAUGACCCUCAACCGAUGGACCACCUUCAUGGAGCGGAGGUUCAUGCUCAGCUGCAUCUACAACCAGGUCGCAGACAAGUCCAGAACCCGGGCCCAAACCGGUGUGGCUUCCUACACGGAGACGGAAGAUGGCGUCGAGGUGAUCACAGACAAGGGCGAGGCCAUCCGAGGCGACAUGCUCAUUGGCGCCGACGGCAUCCACAGCACCAUCCGCACGCUGAUGGCUGAUCACAUCGCCUCAACUGACCCUGAAGCAGCCAAGGAGAUGCGCAGUGGCUUCGUCAGCAACUAUCACUGCAUCUUUGCAACCUCCAAGAACGCCAAAGCCACGGCUGAUGGCAAGCCGUUCUUGCCUGACGGAGCGGUGCACAAUGUCUACUACUCAGGCUUCUCCGGUGUCAUCGCCGCCGGUGUUCCAGGCCUUGUCUUUUGGUUCCUCUUUGUCAAGAGUGACCGCACAACAUACACGCCUAAUACGCCACGUUUCACAGAGGAGGAUAUGGAAACCACAAUCGCCAAGUACGGGGACCAUGCUGUUGGUCCGGGGUACACGUUCAAGGAUCUCUGGGAGAGCAGAGUCCGGGCGAACAUGCUGCCCCUCGAGGAAGGCGUCCUGAAGCCAAAGUGGAACUCUGGCAGAGUGGUGCUCAUGGGCGAUGCGGUCCACAAGGCCACCAUCAACCCUGGCCUUGGCGGUAACCUGGCCGUCGAGGGCGUUGUCCACUUGAUGAACGAGCUGGUGCCCUUGGUGCGGCGCUGUGAGGCCGAUGGGCGGAGGCCAACCAAGAGCGAGGUCACGGCUGUUCUGGAUACCUAUGAGGCGAAGCAGCGGCCGCACGCAAACACCAUUGUCACCAUGUCUGGAUAUGUUACCAAGUAUGAGGCCAUGGAGACGUGGUGGCUGAGGCUCUUGCGGAGAGUGUCUCCCUGGGUCAGCGACAAGACUAAGGCUGGCGGCUUCGUUGGCUACAUCAACGAAGGGCCGUGGCUCAACUACUUGCCGAACCCGGACAACGAACGGCUGACUGAGAAAAUCACCGAGAAGCAGUAA